ACCUUUAAGGCCGAGCGUCCUCUGGGAAGCAGUCCCAUGGUAUGUAUUACUGAGUUUCUCCGAUUAGCACCCCAAGAGGAUCGGCCAGAAGGAUUGUCGGUUGGUGGGCCGUUUGAAGCUGCCAAAUACAAUCGUUUUAGCGGUUCAUCAUCUAAAACUUAUUUGCAAAACCGGGGACAGACAUCUUUAUUGAUGGUCGUCACCAGCUACGUGACAGCAUCUUGAAGCCCAUCUGUUGGUUGCCCGGAUGAGCAUGCGCUGCCCCACUGGCCAAUCGCCUCGCGACGCCGUGUCUCUGUUCGCCAUUUUGACUUCGGGCAUUUCGACAGCAGUAGUCUCUAGUGAAGCUUCCAGCGACCUUCUUGGCUAAGGGCGGAAGCGAGGGUUGUGUCGCGCGGCCACCACUUGCGGAUUCUCCCAAACCCACGUGGAAGCUGCGUCCAGGAUGUUACGCCGCGAAGCCCGCCUGCGCCGCGAGUACUUGUACCGCAAGGCCCGGGAAGAAGCGCGGCGGACGGCCCAGGAGAAGAAGGAGAAGGUCCGGCGCGCGCUCGAAGAAAACCGCCUGAUUCCCACUGAGUUACGCCGGGAGGCUCUGGCCUUACAGGGGUCUCUGGAGUUUGACGAUGCCGGAGGCGAAGGUGUGACCAGCCAUGUGGAUGACGAGUAUCGUUGGGCAGGGGUCGAGGAUCCCAAGAUCAUGAUCACUACGUCCAGAGACCCAAGUUCCCGCCUCAAGAUGUUUGCAAAGGAACUGAAACUGGUCUUCCCAGGAGCCCAGCGCAUGAACCGAGGCCGGCAUGAGGUGGGAGCACUGGUGCGAGCCUGUAAAGCUAAUGGGGUCACUGACCUGCUGGUUGUCCAUGAACAUCGAGGCACACCUGUGGGGCUCAUUGUCAGCCACCUGCCCUUUGGCCCCACGGCCUACUUCACUCUGUGCAACGUGGUCAUGCGGCACGACAUCCCAGACCUGGGCACCAUGUCUGAGGCCAAGCCCCACCUCAUCACUCAUGGCUUUUCCUCUCGCUUGGGCAAGCGGGUUUCUGACAUCCUCCGUUACCUGUUCCCGGUACCCAAAGAUGACAGCCACCGUGUCAUCACGUUUGCAAACCAGGAUGACUACAUCUCUUUCCGGCACCACGUCUACAGGAAGACGGACCACCGAAAUGUGGAGCUGACCGAGGUCGGGCCACGCUUUGAGCUGAAGUUGUACAUGAUUCGCCUGGGCACGCUGGAGCAAGAGGCCACGGCAGAUGUGGAGUGGCGCUGGCACCCCUACACCAACACCGCACGCAAGCGGGUCUUCCUGAGCACUGAGUGAGGACACAGCGGGGACUCACAGGACACAGGCCUGUCAUGCCCACGUGGAGGACUCUGAAUAAAAUCUCUGUCACAACC